GUCACUGAAUACUGAAAGGAAAGUCAGAAGAAAAAGAGUUCUCAAAGAAAUUUUUAUGGUUAAAGCCCCUCUUAUUAUUGUUGUCACAGAACAAAGAGACAGUAAACUGUAGUAUUCAAUCUGAAAAGUGUUGUUUAUCCUUCUGGAUUGAUCUGGCUCUUAAGUUUGGGUGUUGUUUAUUCAAUCUGAAAAGUGUUCUCAGAGAACAACUAGGGUGUUGUUUAUCCUUCUGGAUUGAUCUGUUCUCUUUUAGUUCUUUUGUCCUUUCCUGUUGAUAGAGAACCAGUAUUUACAACAAGUCUAAAACCUUCCACAAAUGUAAGGUUAAUAUCUCCUUAGUCCUUAGUUCUCAAUUACUGCAGGUUUAUUCAGAUUCAAUCGCUUAAUCAUUUGAUAGGCAACUGGAUUAGGUCCAUUGUUUUUGGCUGAAAAGCAACUGUAUUGAACCAACAAUGUAUUGAAAUAUACCUAAGUGUUCUGUGCAUGCUUUGAUUUCGUUCCAUAAUUAUUCUUUAUCUUGGUACGAGGAGAAAAACGAAAUACAAGUUGCAGUGCAGAAGAAACUGAAAACCAGAGUAAGUAUCAAAAGCAAGUAUCAAAGUAUUUGAUAUUCAACUAAAUAUGGUUUCUGACAUUCUCGGUUGUGUUGGUUCAACUGCUCUUUUGGGUUUUACAGUAGGUGUGGCAAUUCGUAGAUGAAAAAAAUACCUGGGGAUAUCAUAUAUGAAGAAAAAGCUGGAGAAGAGAGAUUUAAAGAACCUUUAAGCCAAAAAAGGCUAAGAUGGCUAAUUGGAGGAAAUUUUCUCUAUUUUAUGUGGAAUAUCUGUGAUAAAUAACCUCUUGGCUUGUAGCGGAUUUUGUGUUCCCCGGAAAUGUGAUUGAGGAAAUAGAAAUGAUUGUCAGGAGCAUGUAGUGGGGUGUUAAGGAAGACCAUUGCAUGGUUUUACACUGGUGGGAUGGGAGACUAUCUGUAGACCAAAAGGCUGAUGGUGGACCGGGGAUUAGGAAAUUAGAGCAAUAACUUAGCUGGUCUCAAAGCUGGCAUUGUAAAUCCAAACUGACCAUGAUAGGUUCUGGAUGGAAUUGGUGAAUGCAAAGUAUAUGAAGGGAUUGAGUAUUGAACAAAUUACCCUAAAGAGAGGGGACUCUCCUCUUUGGAAAGGAAUCCUUGAGUUAAGAAAAAUACUAAGAGAGGAUUGCUAUAGGCUUAUUGGAGACAGGAAGUACACUAGCAUGUAGUGUGGUCCAUGGAUCCCCACCUUAAAAGGCUUUAUACCUAGCUGCCCGAUUGUUCCAAGAUGUGAACCAAGUGAUGACCAUAGGAGAAAAUCAAGGAACGCCCAGUUGCCUAAUGCUAUAUUCCCCAAGGAAGUGAUGGAAGAGAUUUGUAAGAUAAAAUUAUCACAGGUGAGGAUGGAAGAUGCUUUGAUAUCGAAUCUGCUUAUGAUCUCUAGUGUAGAAUGAGGAAACCUCCUUCGGAACGUGCAAGCUCAAAGCCACCAGCUCAAUGUCUGGAAAGAAAUAUGGAGAGCUCCGGUGGAAGAUCCUUCACAAGGCAUUAUUACUAGACUUGAGCAUUUAUAUGCAGAUUAGUAAUCGGUAGAAGCAAUUCUCGUGAGCAGGCGAGAGGCGGCAAUGGCGGAAAUAACGGAGAGUAAAGAGAGGAAGUGGGCGAUCAACGGAGGAGCAUUCGUGGAGGAAGUGAAGAAGGCAGGUAAAUUCGCAGCUCCCAUGGUAGCUGUUACACUUAUGCAAUACCUUUUACAGGUUGUUUCCGUCAUCAUGGCCGGUCACCUUGGCGAGCUUGCUCUCUCAACUGUCGCCAUUGCCACUUCUCUCACCAAUGUCACCGGCUUCAGUCUUCUUUCUGGUAUUGUGGGUGGCUUGGAGACUCUAUGUGGGCAAGCUUAUGGAGCACAACAGUAUCAAAAGCUUGGUGUUUAUACGUACAGUGCUAUUAUCUCGCUCACCCUUGUUUGUCUUCCAGUUUGUCUACUAUGGAUUUUCAUGGAUAAACUACUACUUCUAUUCGGCCAAGAUCCUACAGUCUCCCAUGAAGCACGUAAUUACUCCAUGUGGCUUAUCCCUGCACUAUUUGGUGGUGCUGUCCUUAAACCAUUGACCCGUUAUUUUCAGACUCAGAGUCUGAUUCUUCCAUUGUUUUUAAGCUCCUUCUCUGUUCUGUGCUUCCAUAUACCCGUUUGUUGGUUUUUAGUCUAUAAAAUGGGAUUAGGAGCUACCGGCACAGCUCUGACCUUCAGUUUAUCAACUUGGUUGAACGUCAUAUUGCUUGGAUUUUACGCUGCAUACUCGUCUGCUUGUGAGAAAACUCGGGCGCCAUUGACAGCGGCUGCUUUUCAUGGGAUUGGAUUGUUUUUCCGCCUAGGGGUACCCUCUGCUGUGAUGACAUGUCUCAAAUGGUGGUCAAUGGAGUUGCUAGUUCUGCUAUCAGGCAUUUUGCCAAAUCCAAAACUGGAAACUUCAGUGCUUUCUAUAUGUCUCACAAUCUCUACCCUGCACUUCAACAUACCAUACGCAUUUGGAGCUGCUGUGAGCACAAGGGUUUCAAAUGAAUUGGGAGCUGGGAAUCCUGAAUCUGCCAGAGUUGCUGUAAUGGCUGUAAUGUUUCUUGCCGCAAUUGAGGCAGCUGUCGUAAGUACUGUUCUCUUCAGCUGCCGUCAUAUUCUGGGAUAUGCUUACAGCAAUGUGCAGCAAGUUGUUCAUUAUGUUGGAGUAAUGAUGCCUUUGAUUUGCCUCUCAGUUAUUAUGGACAGUUUACAGGCAGUACUUUCUGGAGUUGCUAGAGGCUGUGGAUGGCAACGAACGGGCGCAUACAUCAACCUUGGUGCAUUUUACUUCGUUGGGCUUCCGGUCGGUGUUGUGCUGGGAUUUGUUGCACAUUUAAGAGGAAAAGGUCUCUGGAUUGGUAUAGUUGCUGGCUCCAUUGUGCAGUCUACCCUUCUUGCUCUUGUCACUACCUUCACUAACUGGGCAAAACAGGCAGCUAAGGCGAAGGAAAGAAUAUUUGAAGAGGCCAGAAGAGGGGACGAGUAAAUUGGAGAACAUUGUUGGGUAACCCAUUUUGAUCAAUAUAUAUUGAAAACUAUGUAUAUAUAAUGUAAUGGGGGAUAAGCACCCCUCUCUAUUCAUGGAAGAGGAAGAUAUCCUGAGUAAAGUGUCAUUCUAGUAUGUAAUUUAACUAUUGGAGAUAGAUAAAUGCAUGUAAAUAUAUAUUUAUAGCA